AUGUUCACAGCGCCCAGCGGAGCCGGCAGAGGUGCCGGUGCCGGUGCCGGGCCCCCGCGGCGGGGCGCAUGCGCCAGCGCUGAGGCGGCAUUGGCGGGCCCGCCCCCGCCCCCGGGGACGCUGCGGGUUACCCAGAAGGCAGCGCGCCGCGCCGAGGUCAAGAUGGCGGCGAGGGCAUCAGUUGCAGGAGGUGGUCGCCUGAUAGACAGGCUUCGCAAGUGGUAUUACAAUGCAGCUGGAUUCAACAAGCUUGGAUUAAUGCGGGAUGAUACGUUGUAUGAGGAUGACGAUGUAAAAGAAGCACUGAAGAGACUUCCAGAACAUCUUUACAAUGAAAGAAUAUUUCGCAUAAAGCGAGCACUUGACUUGAGCCUGAAACAUCAGAUCCUUCCAAAAGACCAGUGGGUGAAGUAUGAAGAGGAUAAGCCCUAUCUUGAACCAUACCUAAAAGAAGUAAUCCGUGAAAGACUUGAAAGAGAAGCAUGGAACAAGAAAUAACUAUUGAACUACUUCAUGCAAAUAUCCACAUAUUUCUGAUAUUUUUAAACAUUUGGUUAUAGAAGCCUACAGGGAGCCAAAUGUGAGGCUGAGGAAUACGGUUUCAGCUUGUUCAUUGAAUCUGUUCAUCCAACUAAAAUAAACAUGUCAAAGUAUAAAAUCUA